AUGCUUCACUUCGGCACGUCGGCUCCAGCACCCUCAGGAGUGGGCGAGCCCUUACUGGUACCGCCUCCAUGGCUGACUCCAACAGUUGUAUGCGUGCAGCAGCUUCUGUGCCAGGCUGACCUGGUCAAGAUGCGGGAAUCCCGAGAGGCUCUGGACAAGGAGGCGCAGCAGAUGUGGGUGAGCUUGAUCCUGGAUUUGAUGUAUGCCUUCCCGGGGUUGGAUGGCACGCUGGCGCAGCCAUGCUUGCAGGUGCUUCUGCGCUUAUGCUCCGUAUCGGUGGGGGCGAAAGCCUUCCUGGCAUACCAGCAAAAUCCGCAGUCCAGUGCUCAGUGCGUGAUUAGAUCUUUUCUGACCUGUGUUGGUACCCAAUUCGCCAUGGUGCGUUUGGCUUUUGAGGGCUUGCCAGAGGGCGUGCGCUCCGGUUGGCCCUUCAUUUUGCACGUGAUUACGUCCACCGACUCCGAUGACCUGCAACCUGACCGCGGGUACGAGGGCUAUCUGCAGAUGGAGCUGGUGCAGGGCCACGGCAGAUUGCGAGGCGAGCUGACCGAGCUGGCAUCAGGCGGCCAAGCCGACUUCCUGACACUCUCUUACGAAGGAGCAGGUCCCUUCCGUGUGCGUGUCACAGCCGAAACAGGGGAGGAAGUAACAAGCGAACCGGUGGCUGUGGAGGCCACCGAAGAUGAGCUGGCUGCGCAGCAGGCGCUGGGUGACCAGUUUGCUUUGGAAGACUGCCUGCACUUGAUCGAGUCAAUCCUGGAGCAAGAAGGUUCAACCACUCUGGAAGCGGCCGAAGUGAAUGACUGGCUGCUGUUGGGCGGCAAGCCAGCUGCCGAGCUGGCCGCAAAAGCCAACCCACAGGCCGUGACGCACGUGCUGAACUGCUGCGAACCCUGGUUUGUAGAAGGCGAAAACAGCAGGAACCUGUGCUACUCUGGGAUCGAGGCUUAUGACGAGCCGGGAUACAGGCUCCUUGACGAGCACUAUGCCAAAGUCAUUCGGCCAACGCUGGACACUGCUCGCGGUUCUGGCGGACGCUGUCUGGUGCACUGCGCCAUGGGCGUGAAUCGCUCGGCUUUGGUUUGUGCAGCGUAUCUCAUCGAUGCUCUUGGCAUGGACUUGCUGCCUGCGGUGAUGUUGCUGAAGCAAAAAAGAGGACAUGUUCUGGGGAAUCGGAGCUUUCAGCUCCAGUUGAUUGAGUUCGCAGCAAAGCGUAACCGUUUGGGCAAGAUGGAAAGGUUCAAGAAGGAUGCUCAGGCGGAGGGGGGAGACGGUGGUGUUAAAGCCUUGCGCCUGCUCUUUCGACUGGGCAGGCAAGCGGCUUUCCAAGGGCUCUUGCAAAUGCUCUCCGACUUGGUGGUGAUGCUCCUGGAAGAAGCGCCGGUGCUAGGACAGAGGAUGGAGCUGGAGAUUUUGGGCAUUCUCGGGGCUCGGAAAGAGGUGCCGGCGAGGGACAUCUACCAGCCGCUGUUUCCUUUGAUGAGCCGCAAUCCACAGCUCUUUGAGGACUCCCUCAAGGCAGUCGCUCGGAGGACGCGAGCCGCCUCGCCCGACGCACUUCUGCUGGCUCCCAUCCCCGAGGCAGAGCGACCACGAGGGCCCAAGAAGUCACUUCUUCCGGCCUCGGCGCUCCUCGUCCUUCAGACGCUGGUCAACGAGAUUUGCUUCGGUGUGGAUGUCCAGUUCAGGACGACCUUCCCGAAGCUUCACGAAGUGGCAUCGAAGACCCUGGAGCAGGCUGAGGCUCCGACUUCCAGCUCGGGCCUUCCUCCCGCCUACCCGCUGGCGCUCGGACCGAACUGCAUCCUCUGUGUCCUCGAUGGGCUUCUGCUUCGGAUGCCGGGCAUUGCGAUGCUUUUUCUGAAGAGUCCGUUGCCGUUCCCGGCAGCAUCUGUGCAGGCAGACGGCAAUCACUUCGUUGUAGACGCCACGUCGGCGCCUUCACACAAGAGCCUCCUUCUGCUCAUGAUGCGGCAUUUGCUGCCUCAGCUCGCGCGGCUCAGUGAGCUGUGGCCAAAGCAGAUCAGUUUGCUGAAGUACUCGCAGCGGUCAGCAUUGUCAGGUGCCGUCAACCCGGUGCAGAGGCUCCUUCCGCACCUGGGAGAACCCUACUCCUUAUACGGCCUCUCCCGCUACCUCUCUGAGAUUGGCGAUCUCUUGGACAGGGCAGAUCAAGCCUCUGUGUCCAAGGCGCCCAAAGCCCAGGAAGCAGCUCUUCUGGAGCAGCGUCCAGCAAUCCUGGAGGCCCAGGGCCGCGUGCGCCGCGCCAUGGGCUGCCGGUUGGAGGAGCCUCUGACAAAGAGGGAGAAGCCACUCGCAGAGGCCUUCUUGCAGGAGCAGAUCUCGAAGCUGCAGGGACAGGCUCAGCGAGACGAAAGGGCCAAAGCAGGCAUCGAUCGCUUGCAGCAGCUUUUGGUCCAGGUCCGAGGCAAGACUCCUGCUGCCGAGUCCAAAGCAGUCCGGGACAUUGAGGCCUCCCUGAAGCAGGCUGAAACAGAUUGGAAGGAGAUCUCACCCAUCUAUGAAAAAUGGCAAGCUGGAAGACAUAGCUUCCGAUCCAAUGCAGAUUUGCAGGCAUUUAAGCGGCGUUACGAAGAAUGCAGAAAGAUCCGUGAUGCCGGCGAUGAGAAGUUGGGUGUGGCCCUCUGUGCCCGGCGCGGUGCCAACAUUCCAGAGGAGCCACCGAACGUGCCCAAAACAGGAUGGUCUUCCAUCGCACGGAAGGCCCAAACAACGCCAGCUGCACAGUCGACGCCUGUGCGGGGUGCAGCGGCCGUGGCAUUAGAUGCCAAGAAAAAGGCAUCAGCCAAGAGCAGCUCAUGGGCCUCGCAGACAAUCAGCUUUGCGCAGCGACUCAGAGCCGAGGCUGUAGCGAAAGUGCGACAAACGACGGACGGAGCAGACGAGGACGACGGCUUCUGGACGGAGGGGCUCCCCACAGAGAGGCCCCCGCCACCUCCUCUUCCAGAGGCCCAAGACAAGGAAGAAGCGACGGAUGGUUUUGCGGCGUCAAGGGCUUCUAAACCUGGGCGGCCUCCAAGCGCGCCAACCAGAGCACCUCUGUCCUCCCUUGCGAACUCAGGCCGACGCUGGGGCCCCGCAGACCCAGGCCAGUCUGAGGACGAAGAUGUGCAGGCAGAUGCUCCUGAGCAGCAGGAGGCUGGCAGCAAGCACUCCAACGUCGGCGCGCGUGAGGUUCCUGUCCCCUCUGCGAAGAAGCGCGGCAAGUCGAACAAAUCGAAGCCGGCGCCACGGGAGGACGAGAGCGAGGCAGCUUCCGCUCCACGCGCUCCUCCAAGCGGGGUCUGGUCAUCGGUGGAGGCGCUCUUCGCCGGGACCCUGGUGUCUGAGCUGCUGCGAUCCGCGGCUUGGCGAUGCGAGGCUUCAGAAGCCCGUCUGGUUGAGUUGAUCGACCGGCUGCCGCCUUCAGCUCCGCUGGGCCUGCCGAUGCCGUUGACAUGGGUGCAGUUCAUGUCUCUGGAGAUGGAUGGAGGUCCCAAGAGGACGUCAAGGCGUGGAGAGUCACCCUGGCUGCUGCGGCUUAAGAGCAACAUACCACGGCUUCUGUCCCACUACGUGAGCAUUAUCUUUGCACUCCUGUUGCUUCACUCGCUGUCGCGAUUUGGCAUCCUGACUUGGCUGGUGGCCGCUCAGACUUUUCUGCUGCUUCUGCCCCCACAGAAAGUAGGGCAGUUUGGCCCAUCCGUUCACGUGAUGGUGUUGCAGGGUAUCCAUUUGCUGCUGUGGAUCUUUUUUGUCAGAUCGUUGUGGCAGUUGCACAUCUUCAUUCAGAUUUUCCUGGCAUUGGUGAUUUGCGGCCAUGCCUAUGCUGUGAAUGAAGCAGGUAUCUCCCCAGUCCCAGAUUUCUUGCAGUAUUGCCUGCUGAAGGCUUUCAUGAUGAUGCAUGCUAACAAAUCCAGGCGAUUGUUCUUCUGCGUUCUUUGGCCGAAGGCCCUCGAGCGACAGAGGACCAAGGCAUAUAUGGGUCGCAGGCACGCUGCCCUGCUGAGGCAAGACGGCGUCGUUUGCUUAAAGACUCGGAAGGCCAAUGCUCCUCACAUCAACGAACUCUGUGAUAUCCAGGGGCACAGAGCUUCGGCUUCGGCGCAGCAGCAUGACAAGAUUCUCGUGCACACCGCUUGGAGGAGAAAGCCUCCCCACGACUCGCAGCUCUGGAUAAUCCUGGAGGUCCGAAGCAAUGCGGCUGCCCCACCUGCCAAGAAGGCGCGGACACGCCAUCCCGUUCCUUUCAGUGCCAAGGAGGAGCUCCAGGUUCUUCGGGACGCGUUCGUGGCCGUCCUGGCACGCUUGGAUCUCCAGCGAAGCGAAUCGUCGCAGGUUGCGGGUGCAGUGGUCAGGUGCCUGGAGCUGCUGUCUCGCCGGGAGAUUCAGACAGGAACCGACCCUCGGCGAACAGAUGCUUCUCCUGGAGCUCGAGCCAAAGCUAGGAAAACGGAUCCUGUCAAGCCGCAGCUCUCCGAAGAAGACCUGCAAGAUGGGUUUUCUGCAGCUCAAGUCUUUGGUUCCAAAACGGCCAUGAGUGGCUAUACGUACGACGACCUCAUCUGCCUGCCUGGGCAUAUCAACUUCGGAGUGCACGAUGUUUGCUUGGGGUCCCGGUUCACGAAGCGCAUCUCCUUGCGGACGCCCAUCGUGUCCAGCCCGAUGGACACAGUGACAGAGUCCAACAUGGCCAUCGCCAUGGCAUUAGAAGGCGGCAUUGGUGUUAUCCACACGAACAUGCCCAUCGAGGACCAGGCGAGGGAAGUCUCGCGGGUAAAGAAAUACAAGGCCGGCUUCAUCCUGGACCCCGUGUGUGUUCUGCCUACCAUGACCUUAGAUGAGUUGGAUGUGCUCAAGACCAAGCACGGCUUCACCGGAUUCCCGGUCACGGAGAACGGACAGAUGGGUGCCAAACUCCUCGGCUUGGUGACAAAGCGCGACACCGACUUCAUCGGGGACCGCAAGACUCGGCUCAGCGCCAUCAUGACACCAGCAAAGGACUUGGUGACCAUGCGGGAAGGCUGUGACCUCUUGGAAGCCAAUGCCCUUCUGCAAAAGUCAAAGAAGGGCAAGCUUCCGAUCAUCACCCAGUCGGGCCUGCUGAUAGCCAUGGUCUCCCGAACGGACAUCAAGAAGAAUGUCGAGUUUCCCAACGCGACAAAGGAAGCAGUGAACAAGGGCCUCCUGGUCGCUGCUGCCAUUGGCACCCGGCCCAACGACAAGGAGCGUGUCCGAGCGCUCGUGGCUGCUGGUGUGGAUGCUGUCGUCAUCGACAGUAGCCAGGGCGACAGCUUGUUCCAGCACGAAAUGAUCAAGUGGAUCAAGAGCAACUUCCCAGACUUGCAGGUGGUCGCCGGCAAUGUGGUCACGAAGCGGCAGGCCAAGAACCUCAUCGAAUGCGGGGCCGACGCCCUCCGCGUGGGUAUGGGCAUCGGUUCCAUCUGCACCACGCAGGAAGUCUGCGCUUGCGGCCGGGCACAGGCCUCUGCCGUCUACAACGUGGCUAAGCUUGCCAGGAUGUACGGCGUGCCCAUUCUGGCAGAUGGCGGCAUCUCCAGCCCGGGUCACAUCGUGAAGGCCCUGAGCCUCGGCGCCGGUGCGGCAAUGUGCGGGAGCCUGCUCGCAGGAACCGCGGAGACGCCUGGAGAGUACUUCUACUCAGAGGACGGCAAGCGGCUGAAGCGUUACCGCGGAAUGGGCUCCAUCGACGCCAUGAAGAAGGGCUCCGACGACCGGUACUUUGGCACAACCUCAAGCAUCAAGGUGGCCCAGGGUGUCUCCGGCACGGUCCAGGACAAAGGCAGCAUCCACAGAUACAUCCCGUAUCUCACUCAGGGCAUCAGACACGGAAUGCAGGACAUUGGCGCCAAGAGCGUUGACCAGCUGCAGGCGAUGCUGCAGGAGGGUCAGCUGCGCUUCGAGCUGCGUUCAGCCGCAGCUCAGAGGGAAGGAGGCGUCCACGGCCUCCACAGUUUCGAGCGCAAGCUCUUUGACUCGUGA